CUUAUCUUUUGACUGGAAAACCUGACAACACUUUUGGGACCAGCUAAUGAGCCUUAGUUCACUUUAAUGAUAAGCCUUUUGUUACCUUAAUCCCCCGCCUCUGUUCAUAAACAAACUCCCUGCAGCAAGGCUGGGCUGCUCCAGCUUCCGAAUUCAUCACAGUGACACUCAAGCUAGGUUGCAGUUGUUGGAGCAGAGCCCCCAGCCCUCAACGUUCAUGGUUCCUGAGCACCUCUGGCCCACGUAACUUGCCGCCUAUGUCCAGGUGCACACGUACCCCUCCUCCUCCUCACCACAGCAAGCUUUAUCCAAACGAGAAUGAAGCACAUAACUCACUCCUCCAGCCACAGGGGGUCUGGAGAAACUUCCUUGGGUGUCUCUGCUUGGAGUCACAAGCCAUAACCAAGCCACCUGCGCUACUGCCCCAUCUACCGUUUGAGAAGGACAGACACAUCCUACCAUGGCAGCUGUACACCAGGCAAGAGAGGCUCCCAUGCGUCACCCCAUGGAGCAGGGUAGACUGGCAAACAGAGAGGUCAGGGACUGGCAGGAACAAGACCAGUGUGAUGCUCAUGGCUCCGUUGGCACAUCUCUGCUGCUGUCUGGAGGCAGCUGGUUUCUCUGGGACCUGGGGAAUUCUUUUGGUUUCACACUGUGCAACUUGCAAGGGAGGCCUUAUGGGGAGCCAAGGAGCUGGGAAAGCAGGGGCCCUUUGCCAAUGCUGACCUUGAGCAAAGCUUUCCAUUCCAUCAGGAGACUGGGCUCAGUGCUGGGAGCUGCAGAGACUCAAGAAUGGCAGAGGUGUGGGUGGGUGAAGUGAAUAGCAGCUUGGCCCCAUCUCUGAGUUGCUGAGCCACCAUGCUGGGUCCUUUUGAACAUCCAGCCACCUCCUGUGGUGCCUUAAAUCUCUGAGUAACAUUUUCAAAAGUGUCUAAGCCACUUAUGUGCCUAAGUCCAAUUGACUUUCAGUAGGAUUUAGGCACUUGUAAAACUCUCUCCUUGUCUCAUGUCCAGUGGUUUCUGUUCCUUGCAGAGUUCCAGACCAACUCACUCCUGCUUCUCUUGAUAUUGUCGGUGCUGACACUGCUUUGCAUAACCCCCAUGCAGGGCAGUGGGGCCCUAAAAGUCAAGAAAGGGUUCCCCAGGGACUGCAGCUGCAUUCCCCUAGACAGCCCCAGUGGGAUCUAUGUCAUCCAGCCAGCAGGCUCUCCCCCUCGGGUGGGGUGGUGUGACAUGGACACCGAAGGCAAAGGCUGCACCGUGGUCCAGAGAAAUUCUUAUAAUACAGAGAUCACCUGGCUGGAGUCCUGGAGCACCUACAACUAUGGCUUUGGGAAUGUGCAGCAGGCUUACUGGAUGGGCAACGAAUACCUGUCCCUGCUCAUGCAGCAGAACACCUACAAGGUCUGCUUUGUCAUGGUGGACAAAUCCAACAACACCCGCUUUGCGGAGUACGACAUCUUCCGUGUGGAGGAUGAGCCCAGCGGGUACCCGCUGCAGCUGGGCAGAUACUUGGGCGAUGCCGAGGACUAUCUCACCACCUAUCAUGCCAGUGGGAGGGGGGGCAUAUACAACAACAUGAAGUUUAGCACAAGCGAUCGGGAUCAGGACCAAGCCAGUGGGAACUGUGCAAGUAGCUAUGGAGGCUGGUGGUAUGACAAGUGCCAGAAUGUGCUGCUGAAUGCGAAAGGCUACGUCUACUGGGCCGGGUUCUGUAAUAGUGGGGAGUGUAAGGCCUCCUUCAUCCUGGUGAAGCCAACAGACGUGUGCUAAGGUUGGCAGGACAAGCCCUUCCUCCCUGGGAGCCAGCACCAUUGAGAAGGGCAACAAUACGAGCUCAGGCAUGGAGCUCCAUCCUCUCUCCAGUCCCUGCAGUGCCUCUGCUCUCUUCAUCCCAUCCCCUGUAAGCGUCUGCCUGAUAAAUCCCUGUAAUAAACUCGAGUGGUGACCAUGGCUGGGUGUUUAAUGAUGUGCAGAGGGAGAUUACUGUGUGUAAUGGGAGCCCUCCCCCCCCCGCUGUAGCUGUGUCACUCAAACCUUAGCCCCACAUUUACCUUGCUUCUCCCUGCCCUGCCAUUGCCCCACAGCAUUAGUGAUCAGGGAAUCAGGAACCUGCAUUUAGAGCAACUGAUUCCAGGGAGGGAACAUGAAGCCAGGACUUUCCCUCUGAGCCCUGCAUGCCUGAUGCCAGUGAGUUUGGGUUCCAACCAAGCCCUGUGGGGUUGGUAGAUUUGAUAGACAUGCAAUGAAGCUACACGAUAAAGCUACUACUGCCUUGGCCCUAGGGGCGUUCGGGGAGAUGGGGGCCAGAAGAGACUGCCAUUUCCACUGACGCAAUCUUGUUUAUUUACAAGGAACAUACACACUUCUGCUUCACUAGACACAAGCAGGAACCAAUAACAGAACUGCCUCCCUGCUUUCAGCUUCCAGCCUCCAAUGCUCCCAAGAUUCACCAUGCUCAUGUGCAUCUGACCAAGUGGGUCUUUGCCCACAAAAGCUUAUGCUCCUAUACAUCUGUUAUUCUAGAAGGUGCUACAGGACUCCUUGUUGCUCAUGCUCACAGACUCACUCAGUUUUCCUGCUCUGCCUCCAUGUCUUGGCUGCAUUGCUCCCAGAUCACAUGCCCCUCCUCAGAGCAACAGCCUAGUCCUGUGCCUACCUGGCAGUAGUUCCCGGGCACAGACCCGCUCGGCUUGUUGUAGGUGAAACCUCCUUCCAGCUGUGCUAAAUGAAGAGUGCAUCCUCCCUGCUAUGUCAAGGGGGCUUUAACUCCACCCAGAACAGGGUACAAGCCAGCUCCCAUGUCCUGAUUUGUCAGCCUGACACAAUGCCUGUUUUGCUUCAGUCUUCCCGUAAAGGGUUAACUCUGCCCAGAUGCUGCCCACUGGUAAUGUUAACAGCUGGGGGAAGGUGCACAUCCCAGAAGGGAAAGAACAAGGCAGCUCUCCUCAGGGCAGGGUUUCCAAACUGUGGGCUGCAGCCCAAAUAUGGGUCCUGAUACAGGCCCACGUGAUCUGCCACCACGGAUGGAGACCGGUCUACAUGCCCCUCCAUGGGACAGUGCCCCACACCCAGUAGGUGUGUGGUUCACUAACACGUACAGCACCUACCGUUUGGGGGGGGGCAGGUGCUACUCCCUUGCCCCCACCCUGAGGCACUCUGGGAAUGCUGCCCUUCUAUGGAGCUGUCAGGUGUCUGGAGCUGGAAUUUGUUUGGAGGGAAGCUGUGUGAAGGAGCCUUAUUAGCCCCAGCAGAGUACCUGGGAGCCUGCCUGGCUGGGCGGGCCUGAUACAGCCUCCCCCCAGAUAAAGCUCUCCCCUGGAAUGACUCCCUGCAAGGGAACCUUGGGCAGCCA